AUGACAUUACAUAGUCCAACAAUCCAUACAAAGUUAGACUUGUCUGACAGCUCAUCCUAUUUACCUUCCAACUUAUUUCAACCACGCACCACAUUUUUCAACCGCAAUAAACAAAAUGCACCGGGUGUACAACAACUUUUACUUCGCAGAAACAGGUUAGAUUCAUUGGCCAUAUAUGCCAAAGCCUUGGCCCAAUUAAAACUCCAUUUGACCGAAUUAUCGUUACGAGAAAACAAUUUCUCCAAAUUUCCUGUCGAGAUCACCGUUCUCAAGAAUCUGACGUGUCUUUCUUUAGCCAAUAAUCAAUUACAAUCCAUCGAUCAUGACAUCCUGUCUCAAUUAAGUAGUCUGCAAUGGUUGAAUCUCAGUAAUAAUCAAUUGUCGGAACUGCCUUUGGAUAUCGUCUGUUGUCAUCAUUUACGUGGGCUGGAUUUGGAGAAUAAUAAUAUUUCAAAGUUCCCACAAGUGAUUUUCUAUCUGACUCGGCUUGAAGUGCUUAUGAUGCAAAAAAACUCAAUCAAAACUUUGCCUGCCAACUAUGAUUUCCCACCGACGUUACACACACUCAACUUGGCAUUUAAUGCAUUCACACAAAUUCCACUCACUUUACUCCAUAAACCCCCUGCUGCAUUAACUCACUUCCAUCUCUCCGGCAAUAAACUAGGUCACUUAUCACCCAAGUUUUUAUCCGUGGGGUACGAAAAGCUCAUCAGUCUGGAUUUACAUACCUGUCAACUUUCACGCUGUUCCUCUAAAUUUUUCCAGCAACUCUCUACACGAUGUCCCGAUUUGCGACGUUUAAACCUAGCCAUCAAUCGAUUGACAGAUCUUCCACCCGAAAUUGGACUCUUGACACAAUUGCAGUGGUUAAACCUCAACGACAAUGGAUUAUCCUCACUUCCCUCUAGUCUAUCUCAACUGGUGCAUCUUGUCAAGCUAGGCCUUGUUCAAAAUAGAAUUGAAGUAUUACCACCCUUUCUCUUUUUACACAUGUUGGAACUCCAAAAACUAGAUAUUCGACGCAACUUGUUAAAAUACAUGCCCCCUUCCGUAUUGGCUUUAGCUCCGCGACAAGAAGUCGAUAUUCAUGUGGAUUUAGCGGUUCCCCACGCUGUUUUCCAAACCUUGUCUAACCCACCUUGUCCUUACCUAAAAGAAAAAGCUUGCUUGGAUCAUCAUCCUUACGGUGGCUCCUUACGUACCUUGUUAUUUUAUGAAAAUCCAACCGUAGAACAUGUGGAUGGUAUUCUUUGCGAUUUAGGUGAUGAACCCGAGAAUCCCGAGAGUGUACAGGUCAUUUCCAUGGCAACCAUGUAUUCGAUCUUACAAUCCAAUCCAUCUCCUUUCUCUUCCAAAGCAGCUGUACGUCAAGCAUUAAUGCCUCAUCGGGUUCUUGUUUGCAACCAUCCAAAAUUCAAACGUGCGGAUAAUCCCAUGCCCAAUAUGCUUUCUGAGAUUGACGAAGAUGAAGUUCAUACUUUGGAGGAAGAACCGCUUGUGACAGAAGAACAAGAAGAGAUUCAUGUAGAAACGCAACGCUUAUUAACAAAUGUGACCUCUUUACGUGAACUCACUUUACGAUCCUAUCUAACACAAUCCCAUCCUAGUUUAUUAGAAGGAAUUCGAUUAGAUCAAACUCCCGAGCAGUGUUAUCAAUUUAUCAAGCGUGUUUUACCAGCCACUGUCGUCCCUCACAUGAUUCAAAUCAUGACGUUGGAAGAAGCACGUCAAUGCGAUUAUUGUACUCAAUGGUAUACAGAUUCGAGAUUCCAAAUUGGUUAUCUUGCUCGUUUAUGUAAUAAUCGGUUACAAAUACCCAUUCGAUUUAAUCUGUGCUCGACCGAAUGUACUUUGGAUGCUGUCAUUAGAUUGUAUCAGACUACCAUGGAUUGGCAUACCAGACAAUCAUUGGCUCAUAUCGAUGCAACCUUAUUACUACCACAGGAUAAUCCUUCUUCCUUUGGAGCGGGAGAUCGACGUAUUUCCUCGAACUAUUGGUCGGUGGGAUUGACACAUAGUCCAAGUUUGAUGGCUACACGAAGCUUAACAAAUAGAACUUUGGGGACAGUCCAUGCAACUGAUGAGGAAGAUCAGGAUGAAGAGGAUGAAGAGAGGUCUCCUACAGAAACACAAGCAUCUAGUCAAACCACGAUUUCUUCUGUAUCUACACUUUCAUUGGCAAGACAAGUCUCAUUGGCAAGAAGUAUACGUAACCGUGUAGCCCAAUUCGCAUCUACUAUUUUUAAUGGAAGUACACAAGACACGCAUGAGAAUUCACGAGAAACAAGCUUAUUACCGCUUGUGUUUCCCAACUUGAGUUUGGGGACCACGAGUGAUGUGGAACCACGACGUCAAGAUCCCCCACCCUCCAUGAUUUCGGUGACAUCACGUAUGGUUGAAGGUCGACUUUUAACAGAGCGUACGCAGCCCCCUUUACGUUUAUCCGCACCCACACCUAAUCCUACUGCCUUUCACCAUUUACCAAGAGAUGCCAUUCGACUCGAAAAAUUUUAA